UGAAAACGCGCGCCCGAUAACUACGACUCAAUCGGGGGGGCCACGUGAGAUAUGUAUUAUCCCCUGCCACAAAAAAGCGACUCGAUAUUACUCAAGUUGAGCAUGGAUCGCAGCAGCCGCGGGUGAUUUCCGCGCGUCCAUUGGAGGCGCUGUUCGGCGAGCACAUGGAGUGGCGCACUCCACCGAUCCCCAAGCGUGUGCAUCCCUCGCGACAAAUGACCAUUCCACUGCGAUCUUCUAGUGCUGAGGCUGGGCAUGGCAUGCGCGCAGCCUUGGCAGGCUGGAAAGAUGGGACAACGGAGCUGAUAUUGAGAAUCUCCGUGUCAACCGCGCCAUGAUGCCUUCUUUGGGAGGGGGCACCCUCUUGGCCGCCGCCUGGCUGGCGAGAUUCUCGACAAUGACAAUCGGUGGCGCCGUGGAAGCACCACGCGCGCAGAGACUCUCUAGCCGGAUGCGCGAUAUGUCAGUUUCCUAUUUUGCACAAGGGCUGGGAGGUCUGGACCGCUGCUGGGUGGUGGCGCGAGGGAACGUCAGCCAUCCUCACGCCAGCGCGUGGCAUUGAGCGAGGUGUUACCCAGUGAUCUUCGCACGACGUGGUCCAGUGCACCAUUUCAGAGGUCUUUCCGACGUUCGGAAUUCCGAAGAUGCGCGCUGACCUUCCGAGAUGACUUCCGAGGAAUCUGCGGACGGUGUGAGUCAUUUAGCCUUGCCUGUCACUGGAAUAAUAUUCAUGUGCUCGUCGCAGAGCCGGUGUCACCCGAAGCUCUCAUGCCCGUCACCCGCUUCCGCAUUCUCUGUCUUUGCGCGAG